GUUGCGCUCUGGUUUCAUUCCCGAGCUCAGCACGUCUUCAAACGGCCUCGCUUUUACUCUGAAGGCUGGACACCAAAACCAGAAGUUUGUAGGAGUUUGUUGACAGUCCAGAGUUCCUCCCUGCUAAGCAGCUGUCAACAUCCCGAGGACGACUUUGAGCACGUCAAAGCUUCGGCAUAUCCACAAAUAACGGAAGGGUCGGGCCUUAAUGGAUGAUGACAUAGAGGAGUCUAUGCACAGAGCUAGAGAGCCCGUAGACCAGGGUACUUGCUUCACCAACACUCAAAGGGAUGAGUUUCCCUUCUGGGGCGCAGGGGUGGCCUCCUACACAAUGUCCUCAACAUCUGCCUCUGUGGGACGUAGACACUGGGACGUUGAAAGCAGCAGUAGCUCCUUGGACUGGUCAUCGAACUACGAAAGACCUACUGCGGAUGACUCUAAAUUGUAUCCUUCAUCUGCUUCAUCUAAUUUUGCAAGCGGUGGGGACAGUAGGUUUAAUACCUCCAAUAACAGAGAACACGAUAUGCAGUCCAUUCCAGGUUUAGGUGAUUAUGACUAUGCAGGGUCAGACAAACCUGUCGCCUCUACAGAGUCUAGUCGACCCAAGCACACUUCUGAAUCCGCUGCAAACAUCCUCCUGCGCUUUGGACUUGAAAAAGAGGACUUGGACCAUCUCAUCUUUUACCCUGAAGACCAGCUCACUCCUGAUAACCUGCCGUUCAUCUUGCGCCAAAUCGGCAUUCAGAAGGCCAAGAGUGCUACAACAGCAGUUCAGUCAGUACCCUAUCCCGAACCCCAAUUGAUGGAUGAGAUUGGAAUGACCAGUGGCAGUAGAUCCAACAGUGGUGGGAGGGGAAGUACGUUUCUGAUGGACGCUUUCAAUAGUAGCAGCCACAUUCGAGAACCACUACUAAAAAAUACAACAGAGGUGAAAAGCAGUGCCUUGGGUUCUUCACGUGAUCAGGCGAGUUCUGUUACCAGUCUUGGCUCUGUGGCUCCCCCAAGCAAUGAUCCGAACAAACGAUUGCAGAAAUCCCAAACAAUCCCCAGCCGCUUCUCUCUGCCAAAGAAGGACACCGACAUCAGAGUUCUCAAGCCUGAAGCCUCCAAACCCGGUCCCUUAAAAGAACCACAGGCAGAUCGCCAGUCAGCAUUGAAAACUCAACCACCCUGCUCUUUGCUCCGCGGCGUGCAUCCCAGCCAACCCGACCUUGUGAUCGUUGGCAGUAAUGACCCCCAUGGCGCUAAGAAUCAGAGUGAAACACAAGGUCAAAGGUCAACAGUUGCUGAGCAGAUGAAAAAGCAACAGACACAGCAGACGCAGAAGCAGCCAUCAUUGCAGACGGGGCAGGAGAUCAGGCCUCCAGUUUUUCCUGCUGCGAAAUCAGUUCCCCCUGACCCUCUCAUCCCCAUCAUCACUGAUGUUUCACAGGCCAUGCAACGUCCGGUGUCUAUCCCUGGUGAUCCACGCUCCAUCCCAGCUCAGGCAAUCCCAGGUCUGAAUUUCAAUCACGUGACGCUGCCGACUUCCCACACGCAGCUCCCAGCAAAGGUGGGAGUCUCCAAGGCCCUGCCAACGCCGUCCAUGAUGCAGGACUAUGCGGCGGCCUCACCAGAAAUCUUUCCACAUACCUGUUCUCUUUGUAACAAAGAAUUUAAUCAUAUGAAGGACUGGCUCUCCCACCAGAACACCAGCUUUCACCUUGAGAGCUGCAAACUCCUGCGAAAACAAUACCCAGAGUGGGAUGGUACUAUAGCACUCGAGCCCAGGGCUGCACAUAAAGAUGCCAAGCCCUCAGCAUCAACCUCUGCACACACUUUCCAGCAUCGUCAUCAGAUUACCAGGCAUGGAAGAGGCUCCCGUUCUAGCUGUUCCAGCUCACCCAGCCCUCGCUGCCACCGCCGCCGCCGCCAUGGCUUGGAGGAUAGAAGCGAGCAACACAGCAGCCGAUCACGAUCAACGCACAGCCCCAGAUACAGUCGCAGAUCUCGUUCUCAUUCCCCAUUGUAUGAGCCCCCGCACUCCUCCCACUAUCAUUCACGUUCGAGGAGCCCUGAAAGACGAUCAUCGCAGAGGAGGAACUGUGAGAGACUAUUGCCACGAAAGAGAAGCGACGGGAGACGAUCGCCACCAGGGAGGAGCAACGAGAGACGAUCGCCACAAUGGAGGAGCAACUGGAGACAAUCGCCACCAAGGUGGAGCGAGGAGAGAGGAUUACCACCAAAGAGGAGCAACAGGAGACGAUCGGCACCAAGGUGGAGCGACGACAGACGAUCGUCACCAAAGAGGAGUGUCAAGAGAUUUUCACCAGCAAGGUGGAGCAAGGAGAGACUGUCGUUAUCAAGGACGAGCGAGGAGAGACGUUCGCCACCAAGGUGGAGCGAGGAGAGACAAACUCCACCAUGGAGGAGCAACAAGAGGCAAUUGCCAUCGAGUAGGAGACGAUCGUCCACAGAAGACUCAUCUCCUCAACGAAAAAAGUCAAGCAGUGCUGAGAGACUGGCUGAGGAACUACUGGAAACAUCAGCUGUCCAGUCUCUGUCAAUGCAGUCGGACCUGGAGGCCAUGGUUAAAGCUCUGGUUCCUGCCUUACUAGCCAAGAUGAAGUCCUCCUCCUCAUCACCAUCUCCCUGCAAAGCAAAGCCCAGCCUGCAGAAGAAGGUAGCAAGUUCUGCUACAAAGACUAAGUCCGGUAAACCUUCACCUCCAACCAUGGUGAGACUCAAAGGGAUUAGUACUUCUGUCUCAUGCAGUGAUGUGAUUGUUGCUGUGGAGCACUUUGGAAAAACCAAGUCAGUUGUACUGUUUCGGUCCAGACUGGAGGCAGUCGUGUGUUUUGAGAAAGAGAAAGACGCUAACAAACUGAAGAGCGUAAGGAGCCUCACUGUGAAAGGAACAGAAAUCACUGUUAUCAGAAAAAAGGAGACUGAUUCUAAGGAGCAAAAGCAGCCUCCUCAGAAAGAACCUGCCACAUUCAGUGUCUUCACACCUCAAACCAGUACAUCCACAACCACCACUAGAAAGGUUCUUCUCCCUACACGUAGCAUGCGUCCGCAUAAAUGGCCUUUACCCUGGGGAUCCAGAAUAGCCACAACAUGCAAACUUACCCAUCAGAAGAUUGCAGCUAAAGGCUCAGUUAAAGGCAGGACUGUCAUGAAGUCAGUAGCCUGCGUUUCCAAAGUGAGGAACUUCUCAACCAAUCAGGUAGCUAUAACGGCAAAAACAGGAAAUUUGUCAUCUGCGAAGCAAGCUGUGAAAAAGCCAAAAAACUCAACUGAAGCUGCUGUGGAGGCAGAGCUGCCAAGUGGAGGGAUGGAGAGAAAAACAGUGCAAAAAGUGAAGAGCCACACAGCUUCAGCCAAAGAUGCAUCUGUCCCAACUGAGCCCACAGCUGUGGCAGUGAGAGAGCAGCAAUUGGCAGCGUCCACUUCGUUUCCUGCAGUUACCCCUCUGACUUUUGGGGAGAUGGUAGAAAAGCACCUGGACAUAAAUGUCAUGAAAUGCUACAGGCACUUUUCAUCUCAAAAGCAGUUGCUCAUAACUGGACUGCCGAGGUAUCACGAUGGCUGCUACACAGAGGAUGAACUUGCAAAACUUCUCGUUCCAUUUGGGUUUCAACAUAAAGAUGACACCAUCUACGUUGUUCCUCAGAUGUGCAUGAAGGCCAGUGGUUCCAUGUUCCCCAUAAUCAUGUUGACCAGUUUACCAGAGGGGAACUACCAGCAUGAAGACGUUGCCAAGCUGGUCUGGCGGUAUUUCCCCAAACAGAACCUUCGCUCCCUGUACUACAGCGUGACGGUCUUAACGCUGCAGAGGAGGAUCUGCAUUGAGAUGGCUGACUCCAGCGGUGUAACGCAGGCAGUGGAGAAAUACAACACUUUCUCACCAGACUCUUUAAAUAGGCUCACAGCUUGGAGGAGUAAAGUUAAACGUUUUGAGACUUUGAAGAGCCUAAAACAGCGCCUACAAGAUUCAAGUGAGAUCAGAAUUAACUUUGAACCAGACACCAUCAGUGUUGCAUCCAAGCCCCCAGCUGUGAAAUACCAAACUCGUCCCUCUGAACUGUCGGAUACUGGUUCACAAGCUGCCCUUCAAACCAGCGGCACUGGUGGAUCCAUCAUUUCUGAGCCCAUCACAGCAGGACCAAGUGCUACGGCCACAAGUGACGUAGCAGUGGAGGAGGACAUUCGGUGCUCUACACCAAGAUUUCCUGAGAACGCUCUGCCUGACAGCAAGGACAUUGUUGCUGGGGUAACUAUCCCACCAAUUAAAAAUGUUCCACAGGGUAGCAUUUCACCAUUUUGGGUCACCUUAAAAACUCGGCCCUUCCUGUUCCCUACCAUGUCUCCUUGGUUCAUCAUCCCAGAUUACCUGACAGUCAAAGGACAGGACGACAUUGAGAAGGCCAGUGGUUCCAAGUUCCCCACAAUCAUGUUGACCGGUUUACCAGAGGGAAACUACCAGCACGAGGAUGUGGCCAAGCUGGUCUGGCGGUAUUUCCCCAAACAGAACCUUCGCUCCCUGUACUACAACGUGACGGUCUUAUCGCUACAGAGGAGGGCUUUUGUUUUUUUCGCUGAUUGGACUACGUGCUGCAAUUUUGCCCGAGAUCACAUCACAAAUCCGGUUUCUGUCAAAGGCUCCAAGCUCAGUGUACAUUUCGUCUUGCAACACAUGAAUCCUGCAUCCACUGAGGAUAUGAUGUACAGAAGUCUGAUGAAGUGGAGUAAUACUGGAGUUUCAGAGCCAAGGUCUCUGGAGGAGCGGUUGCUCUGUGUGGAGAUUUCUGAGACGUCUGGGGAAGUCAUCAAGAAGGUCAUGGAUGUGGUGGAUUCCAUAGCGACCUUUGUCAGCUUCCUGCCACUCGCCAACAGGAUCUGCAUUGAGAUGGCUGACUCCAGCGGGGUAGCAAAGGUGGUGAAGAAAUACAACACAUUCCCACUAGACUCUUCUAAAAGGUGCACAACAUGGUGGAAUAAAGUUAAACGUUUUGAGACCCUGAAGAGUCUAAAACGGCGUCUACAAGAUUCUAGUGAGAUCACAAUAAACUUUGAACCGGUCAGUCUUGAAGCCAAGUCCCCAGCUGUGAAAUACCUAACUCAGCUUCAUCCUCCUAAACUUUUGGAUAGUGGGUCCCGAGCUGCCCUUCAAACCAGUGGCCCAGGUACACUGUCUGCUAUCACUUUCCCUUCCUCUUUGGGCCAGAAAACACAACAGGAGAGGACUAAAUCUCCAGCCAAAGCAUCAAAUACUGCAUCUUCCAGUCGUAAAAACCACUCCCCCUUAGCUGCAAGUAAAACAGAAAAUAAAACAGCAGCAGUAACUGUCAAUGGAUCAAUGGAAACUCAUCUGGAGCCUCUUAGAGAAGAAACACAAGACACAGAGAGCGAAGUGGCAAAGUCUGACCACAAAGUGUCAGCAGAGGGCAUUGCUGCAAAAACUGGUGAGUCACAGAGAAAAAUAGAAUCAUCAUCAGAAAUGCGUCCACCUCCACAGGGACAUGAGGUAGAGUUGAGCCAAGCCCAGAGUCUGGGUACUGAUUGUAAUGUGAACACUCUCAAAGACCAGAAGAAAAGAAAAAAGGAAGGGAAAGAAGAUGUUGACAAACAUUCAGAGGUGGAGGAGGACGAUAGAGAAAAUUUCCAAAUCCUUGAUUCACUCGAUGAUCGAACAGAUGAGGAGGACAGUGAAAUGGAAAUGACCAGUUCUUUACAAGUGCUAGACAGUGUUACUGAAGACCAAGCAGCUGCAGGUCAAGAGGACAGUCGCCUGGUCCAAGAUGACGGUUCCACAGUAAAACAACUGUCUGAGGAAGAUGCAAAUCCAGUAGUCGACAAAUCUGAUGAUGCCGUUAAAGAUGCAGUUGGUAAAGAGACAGAUAACAAAGAACAAUUCCAAGUGUUAGUUAAAGGUAGCAAACAAGGUCCAAAGGGAGAUGGGAAAAAGAAAGAACAAAAAGAGGAAGAGGUCAAAGUUAAAACACUUUCAGCAGAAUCCUCUAAAACCUCCAAAGAUGUGGAAAAUCCUGAUGGCCGAAUCCCAAAUGAAGACCAGCCUCUUCAAGAAUGCGACAGCAAAGAAGAAGAAACCUUUGAGAUGUUGCAUUCAAUUAAUGAUCAAACUGCUACAGAAGACGACAAACUUGAAGAUCCCAGUGAGCAGAUACCUAAAGAAGACACUGGGCCCAUAGAGGAAGACGCAUAUCAGGUAAUUGAUUCCGUGGAAGAUCAGCCGAUAACUAGAGAGGUCGAGUCAUUUUUCAUUGACAAGGAAAAAAGCACCAAGAAAGAGGAAGCAACUUCUAGAAAAGAUGAGAGACCAUCAAAGAGGAGUGGCCCUGCAACCUCUGCGUCCAAAAGUGAAGAAAAAGAGAAAUCUCCAAAGAAACAGCACAGGACGGUUAAAAAAUAUGAGACACAAACUAAGAUGGACACCACUGCAGUGAUUUCUAAAACAGGCAAAGAGGACACUGAGGAGAUGAUUCAUGAGAACCAGCUAGAUUCUGUUGUCACCAAACAGGUUCAAGAUGCUACUGCCACAGAAAGGUCUGGUAGAAGAAGGAGUGCAAGAGGGAAAAAAGAGGAAAGAAUUACAUUGAAUCUCACAGAUUCAUCUCCUAAGCCAAAGGAGGUUACAUACAGGAUUUUAAACUCUGUGGAGGACGAGACUGCUGAUGAUAAACUGACGAUCACGACAAGAUCCACUAGAGGAAAAAGGGAAAGAACAACUAAUAAAGAUUCUUCGAAAGAGAAAACACAAAAAGAGGACACGCCAAUGAGAAGGAGGCACACUCCUGCCAGAGAGUCACUGGAAAAAACACCAAAGAGAGAGUCGAAAGUUCCUCCAGAAGAGAGCACACCAACAAAGAAGGGCAUUGUUGCAAGAGAGGUAAUUGGGGAUGACGCUACCUGUGAAUUAUCCUCUAUGGAGAACGAGGUUGUUAGGGUUGAAUGGCCCGCCACGGGAGGAAAGAGAAAGAGGGGAAGACCAAAGAAAGCUCCUCCAAAAGAGAGCAGACCAACAAAGAAUAAGAACAUUGCUGCAAGAGAAAUAAGUGAAGCGACCUAUGAAAUAUCUCCUAUGGAGAAUGAAGCUGUUAAGAUUGAUCAGCCCGCUACAGGAGGCAAAGGAAAAAGGGGAAGACCAAAGAAAGAGGAGAAAGUCCCUGCCAGGACAAGAAGUACAAAGGAAAGAGGGAGGGAAAAUAUUGAGAAGGUGGAGGUAGAUGCCCAGGAGCUGGUGACUCUGGAUGAAGUGGGGGCAGAUGGAGCUAGAGAGGAAAGAGUGGCGGAGAGCCGAGAGGGGGACAGGGCGGUCACGGAGGGAGAGCCACAAGCACUCGUCACUCUGGAUGAGUUUGUAGAAGAGGAGGAGGAGGAGGGGAAGGCCGAGCAAAGCACGGUGGAGAUCCGCCCACUCAGCCAGGAGGAUGAACCAGUGGACUCCUUUAAACCAGAGACUUUGAUGCGUUUAGAUGAAGCAGACAGUGAUGAGGAAAAGAAAACAUCAAGAUCUGUCAAAUGCAAACAAGACGUUGGCACAGAUCAUUCAAUGGUUGCACACGAGGGGGCACAGGAGGAGGAAAAAGUGACAACGCCAAGGACAAGAGGCCGACCCAAGAAGAGAAGCAGACAGAUCCCCAAGAGAAAAUCUACCAGAGAGAAAAAAGUGGGCACAAAAGAUGACAGAGAAGAAGGAAAGGAACCAGCUGAUGUAUUGCCUUCCACGUCACUCGACGCCUCGUCAUCAUUGGACAAAGACCUGUCUACAUUGUUGGGCGAUGGCCAGCCGGAGAGCCAGAAGGCAGAGGCAGAGGUGGAAGCAGCGGGCCAAGCCGACGUUGAUGCUGCCUCUGCUGGGUAUGAGGAACACCCUAAGAACCAGACACUGGAGCAAUGUGUGGAGGAGGAGAAGGAAGGGAGGAGCAGGACCGACAUUAAAGUUCUUAGUAAGCAGAGGGGGGAGCUUGUUGCACCUGAAGCAAAGCGAUCUCGUUCUCGGCCUCCUUGUGUCUCUGCCGACUUCAAACUGCCGGCAUUUAAACCCAACAACCCCCUCGGUCAGGAGUUCAUGGUCCCCAAAUCAGGUUUUUUCUGUAAUCUCUGCUCUGUUUUCUACGAGAGCACCGCCAUGGACCUCCACUGCAGCAGCCGGACACAUUACAACAACCUUCAGAAACAUUACCAGAAGCUUCAACAGAAACCAACUUAAAGUUCAACACAAAGUUUUCAAGGUUCUGUUUCCGAUUGGUUCCAACUUCAACUACUUAUUUAUUUAUGUAUUGUUUGUUAAAAAUGUAAAAAAGCUGAAGCCAGUUGGAGGUAAGUUGCAUCAGCUGGCGAAAAAAGGAAACAUGAACUGAGUUUUAUCAUGAAGUCGGUAAGUCACAUAUAAGAGUUCAGGGGUCGUAUUCUGUAAUGGCCCAUGGUUACCAAGCAGUUAGGAUAGGAUCUACCGGUUAAGAACUUUCUGUAAUACGGCCCCAGAGCUUUAAAAGGUGCUGCAUGACCUCUUUUACUCAUCAAUAAAUGAUUACACCAGUAUUUUUAGAUGAUUUGUUUAGUCUGCCCAUACAAACAAGAGUAGAAUGUAACACACAUUCAUUUGCGGUUUGUUUUUUUAUUGAUUUUCUCAAAAUAGUUUUUUUGUCUGGAAACUUGGAAACAUCAGCUCAGGUUUGUGAGGAAAUCUGCUCAGGAACAGGAAGAGGGCGUGGUUCCUCCAGAUCAAACUCAGUUCAAGCUUUCAGAGUUAUAAAGUUUUAUCACAUUUCUACUUUUUGGAGAAAGAUGGCAAAAAAGGAUUCAAUCGGAGUGAGAGAAAAUAUGUUGUCUUAAUAACAGUAGUUAUAGUUUGUGUUGCAAAUGCCCUUAACUGUCAGAUUAGCUGUCUCAGCUUGAAGUGAACUAAGCCCAUGUCGCAGUCAGACAAACACUAGCAAGCAUUUUGUAUCUCGAUGACAAUAUGAACACAUUUUCUCAUUGCUUUUACUUUUUGGAGAGAAUCUUUUAUGUGAAAAAUAAUUUACAUAACUGUUAUAGUCAGUAUGAGUCAAGAGAUUAUAUUAUGGGAUGUUUUUUGUGUUUAUUUAAUAAAUAUCAUACAAUGUAUGUUUUUUUUGUAAAAAUAAUUAUGUGUUUACUAGGGGAACAUUUUAUGAUUUUGACAUAAAGACUGAGCUGUUAUUUAACAAG